AUGGAAAUCCCAGAGAAAUUUGGUAGGUUUUCCAGCUGCCGGGGAGUGGCUUUCGAAAUCAAACCACAUCCAGAUCCAUUUGCAAUUUCCAAUCCCACCAUCGAUCCACCUAGAAACAGUACAAAACUUUGGCUUCCAUGGGGGAAUGCUUCAAAAAUUGUUUCAUCUUCGGAACUCAUGCAAAGGUCAAUGAGCCGAACCAGCAGCCAUUUUUGUGAUCUUGAACUUGAUUAUGAUGAUGACGUUGAUACUCUUGCUGAUAUUGAGGAAGGCUAUGAAGAGGAGAAAGUGGAGCCACUGCCACUGCCGCUUCCGCCAGCCUUGAGUAAACGUGAACAGCCCAAAGCCACCGGCAGUGCAGCGAAGGCGAAGCCAUCGAGACUGUCGGUGAUACUUCUUGAUCAAGGCUUGUUCACUGUUUACAAACGGCUCUUUGUCGUUUGUUUGGCUUUGAACAUUACUGGUCUGGCUCUUGAUCCAGGAUACCCACACCUCGCUGAAUUGUUGAAAUUGUAUGGCCCACCCCCUCCGCAACAAUCCACUAGAGCCCCUUUGGAAAAUCCUGCACAGGUUAGAUACGCUGCAAUGCAACCAAUUGGCAAGUUUCCUGGUGCUAUUAAUUCUACUGCUCCUCCUUCUAUCAACAUCUCAAGCAAUCUUUGGCUGAGGUGA